AUGGAGAAAAACACUGUUGAUUAUAGUCCUUUGGUUACUCCUCGUGGUGAUGAAAAUGCAAGCAAGACAGCAUCAUCUUCUCUUGUGUCACCUGUGAAGGGCUUGUUUUCAAAAUGGACUAAUCUCAACCGUGAUUCUCUUUUAGGAUUCACAGGAAGCAUUUUUGUGGUCUUCACUGCCCCAUUGCUCAUAAUUGCAUUUCUUGCCAUUGCACACCUAAAUCUUACUGGGGAGGAUCAGCUUCAAGGGAAGAAGAGUUCCAAAUAUCCAAGUAUCCGCCUAUGGACAUUUCCUGUGCUUAUCAGAGGACCAUUUGGGGUUGUUUCUGCCGCAGAGCACAUUGGGAUUCCAUUAAAAAUGGACGUGGCUGCUGGAAAUCGCUUCCGGCAGCGGGGCACGGCGGUGAGUGUGGAAGGUAAUCGGAGAGGAAGGAAGAGUAGAGUACAAAAGUAA